AUGAAGCCAAUCGUUCCUCCGGCUCCUCCGAUGACAACCCAAUCCCAAGCUUCUGAUGCCAAGUUCGACGCAUGUGCCUCCACUGCCUCCUUGUUUCUCUACGCCCAGGGAUCGGCGAUCCUAUGCUUGCACCAUGAUACGCUCGCUUUAGAGUGCCGGUUCGAAAGCCACCAAGCCGAUGUUCGCUUCAUAUGCGUAGACAACGUGAGCGAAAGGGGUGCAGGGAGGUUGGUUGUGAGCUAUGAUACCGGGAAAACCGCCAUCGUCUGGGAUCUAUUUACGGGGAGUGUCAUUGCCAGGUUCGCAUCUUUCGAGGAGCUGCAGGUCGCAGCCUGGAUGCGAAAUGGCAAUGUGGCUUUUGGCAAUGCCAAAGGUGAUGUAAUUCUCUUCGAGCCGUCGACAUCAGAACACAUCUCGUGCCGUACCAUUUUUGAUCCUAUCACCGCCUUAGCACCCGCUAUAGAUUGCCGAACAUACUCCAUCGGAUAUCAAAAUGGAUCCAUUCUCAUCGCUACCCUCCAUCCGACGUUCUCCAUCCUACAUACCAUGUCUACCGCUCGAGGCCCGUCGCCGAUUGUACAACUGGCUUGGCAUGCCUCGUCAUCGAAGCAGAAAUCGGACAUGCUGGCUACCCUGUCGUCGGAUGGUGAUUUGCGUGUUUGGAGCGUCGCAAAGCCACCUGGAAAGGAAGCGCCUCGGGUUAUCAGAGUCCUCAAACGAUCAGAUGUUUCUUCCUCCUCGGAACCGAAGUGGAUGGCAUGGUCAAAGAACGGAAAGAUAAUCCAAUAUCUUGAUGGAGAGACAUGGGCCUGGGAUGUGAAAACUAAGCACGUCACCUACGAACCUAUACCGACGGUAGAGAGCCCUCGUGGCUUAGCGAGCUAUGGCCCGACUGCUACUCUUUUCACCCUUGGACCUCAAUACACCGUGCAGCAGUACGACGUGGAUAGCCCGGCUAUGGUGGCAAACGUGCGUCAUGUUCCACCUGGUGCUAUGCCUGCCCCAUUGGACGAAGCUAGAGCCCGCGCUAUGCCUCCACGCUCCUUACAGGAUCCUCCCGACAUGAGAGAAUCAGGGUCCAUGUUCCCGGCGCAAGCGCAUUUCGAUCCUAGCGGGAUCGACGCCGUGCGACAGCAACGAGCCGAAAUGGAGAGUCCAGUAUCAUCCCGAAGCCACGCAAACUCCGUUAGUUCCAAGGCUUCAUCGGACAAGUAUCGAGCAGGCACAUUUUCCCCACCUAGCAGAUCUGGGCGGACCGGGACGUCUUUCUCGUUAACAUCGGCCAGUGAGCGGGAUACACCCCAGCCGUCUAAUGCUUCUUACGCAUACGCCCCCUCCGUGUCGAUGUCGUCGGUGAAGAGCUCGCGUGCGGGAUCGCGUUUGAAAAACGAAAUUCAAUUUAGUCCCGCGGAUAACAAGCCUGCCGACCUUUUCCCCUUUACCCGUGCACGCCUGAAUGAGGUACCUUACGGGAACAAACGCCUCCUAGACGAAGCGCAUCUGAACCCCGAUGAUUUGCGCCGUCAGAUGCUCAGUGUCGUCUUCGGUUGGAAUGGCGAUAUCGGAGAUCUGAUCCAGGAUGAGCUCAGCCGCCAUCGUCCGGGCAGCCACAGCGCCGUUUUGUUGGCCCAAUGGAUCGGCCAGUCUGAUGCAGAUUACAUGGUGUCGAUGAUGGGCCCUGGCCCUGCCUCUGUCGUGGAUUGGAUGCUCUUAGCUUUCAGCCAGAUGAAUGGAGAAUCCCAGGCCAACAAAGUGGGGCAGGCAUUCGUUCAGAAGUUGCUCGAGGCAGGGGACGUACAUACUGCAGCCACGAUACUGCUGGGUAUCGGUGACAAGAUCGAUGCCAUCGAGGUCUACGUGUCGCAAAAUUAUUUCAUGGAGGCGAUUCUGAUGACGUGCUUGGUGACGCCGACCGACUGGCAGAGACAAUCCUAUCUUGUCCGACGGUGGGGUGAGCACGUCGUCUCGCACUCCCAGCAACAGUUGGCAAUACGCUGUUUCAUGUGCACCGGCGUGGAGUCUUCCGACCCAUGGUCCCCACCGGCGGCGCAGCAGGUCACGUCCUUCGCGGAGGCGAUCUCAGGGAGAUCCCCGAUGACAUCGCCUGAACCCCAGUAUCAAAACCCGGCCAACCUUCUCGCGCCAAGCUCACAACCACAGCCUACAGAGAACAACCGCCCGUUGAAAACACCGGCACUGAAGUUGAUUACGUCCUUCGAUUCUCAACCCGGCAAGAAGUUCCGCUUCCCGGGGUUGAAAUCAGACGAUCGAACGCCUACGAACGCGCCCGGAGUCACGCCUAUUGCAGAAUCUGCCGUUGUGGAUUCAGCACUGUCGCCCGGAGGAUUCGGUUCUUACAAACUCAAUAAUGUUCAGAGUAUCAAUAAUGCGAUGGGGUCUCGCACGGGUACACCAGGCUUUAACCGACGACGUUUACCAUCGAUUGGCGAAACACCGGUGGACGUUCAACCCCCGUCAUUCCCACCCAGGGGUGUGAACAAAUCAGUCGACUACGGUUCAACUUCCGAGAACGAGGAGCUCGCCAAUACGAGCCAACAAGAUAACGAAAGCGAAGAUCAACGUGGCCUUCUGUCUGCUACAAGAUAUGAUCCCGAAGGUGCAUUCAAGCCUAGCCCACAGACUGCGGUUCAGGCCACUGCGGAUCGAUUUGCUACCAUCAAGGGGCUACCAUCCCCCGCUCCGGGGGUUUUUGAGGCGUUACAGGAGCAGUCAAACAGUCAUAAUGGAUCUAGAGAUCGAAAACCUGAUGGCCUUUCGCUUCGACUGAGCCAGGGAGAACACUCGCAGUCUGAGAUGCUCGACCAAAGUGACUUUAGGAGUCCUGCAUCGACCCUGAACAGUUACAACUCUGCUAGGAGCCCGAGUGUGAGCGGCCGGAGUAUAGACCCCUAUAUCAGCAGCUUGGACGAGGCAAGCUAUCGCGCAAGAAAACACCAUCGUCAGCCUGGCCGCAGUCGGCGAAACACUGAUGACUCUGCCGCAACGCACAAACACCACACGCGAAAUACAUCACAGGAGACUCGCGGUAGAGACGACAAACGAUACGUUCAACCUGCCAAACGGUCCCCGUCUUCCCCCGUUCCAAUGUCUUCAGAGGAGAUCAUGCAGUAUAGCGUCGCGGCACAAAAUCAAGACGAACACCGUAGAGCCAAGCAGUCCUCCAAGACGCGCAGCUCAAGCCGAGUUCGCAAACCACGCUCACGGAAUUCCUCUGAGCGCCGAAAAAACCGCUCUUCAAGUCGCGCCCGAAACGUUACUUCCGGCAGAGGUGAUCCGUCGAGCCGGGGUCGCAGCGAAGAGGUUCAAGAUCCAAGGGCUAGGUCACCGUCGUCACCGGUGCCCAUGUCCAGUACAGAUGACAGUCUACGCCUCGUGACAAGCGACAGAGAACGACUGCGGACUCGCCAGCGCAGCAGUAGUCGUCGUCCGGACAAGGGCGCGAGGAGAGAGCCUUCUCCCGAUGGGCGUCAAACUCACGACCGUUCCCACAGCCACCAUGAUAUUGGGCCGAUCCAGAUCAUACAGGAACCUCGCGAAAAUGCUGAUGAUGGUGAAGGUCCAUUGCUGUCGAGUAUGACAUACGGAGCUCCCUUGCUGUCGAGCAAGUCGUACGAAGCUCCAUUACUAUCUGGCAAGUCGUACGAAGCUCCAAUGCUAUCGGGCAAGUCAUACGAAACGUCCAAACCGGACAACAGAACCGUUGAAGUCCCGCUACUCUCGGGAAAGGCAUAUGAACCCCCUUCAGUCGAGGGCUUGAUGUAUAGUCCGCCCGCCAUGUCAACCGAAGAGCGAAACCUACACUCGGCCACUGCACCCGCGAUGGGUCUAGCCGAACGCAAGAGAAAGCAACUCGCGGCUGCAGAGCUGGAAGCACGACGUUUGUCACUAGCGCGGAAUCCAUCAGCACCCAAUAUCCCGUUCCCAGGUGAAGCUCAGAUUCGGGAACCUCUGGGAAGUCCCCCAUUCUCGGUAAACUCGUUCGGUCCACGAACGCCUGGCAGGCGGAAUGUAGCCACGAGCAAAGAAUCCCCCGAGUAUCCCAGCAGCUCUGAUUCGAGCUCUUCGCAGUCUGGAGGGCCGACGCGCUUACCCACGACCCCGAAGGCCAUGCGCCAUCCGAGAUACAACGGCUACGAAGAGGCCGGUCCGCCCGUUUCGGACGGUCUCAAUCUGUUGAGUGAUGCGCGCUACCAAGAGGAUGCAGAGAGAAUCGGCCGCUCAAUGUCCGUACCUGUACCCGAGAGCCAGCCGAGUACCAGACCCCUGGACAUGCCAAUGCACCCGCGAUUCAACCCCAACCUCCCACGAAGUCGCUCAACAAGCCGAAGCCGCAACCUAGGCCACCACCGCGAGAGCAGAGAGUUCAGUGGCGUUGGCGGUUACAGCUACGGGGGCUCCCCCGUGAGCGUCAGCAUCGAAGAGACAAUCGAAAACGCCAUGCUCCAGAAAAGGGGCGAGAAUCCUCCCCUCCUGCCAGAGCUCCAACACCUCAAUCCGCCACCUCCACCCCCUCCCCCAAUCCCCCUGUCGGGAUGUGCCUCGCCUCGAGAGUCUUCCGGUACGAUCGACAUAGCCAUCGACAACGAGAACAUGGGCCGGUUGCUUCCCCGCGCGAUGACUGCUGCGCCUGCGCUCAGCGUGGAAACGCGCCCCGUCGUCCAGUCCCGUCGGAUGUCCCUCGAGCACCGCCGCGGGAAGAGCGUCAACGAGAGCUUUACCUCUAAGAUUCGAAAUUUGACUCGCAUGGGCAGUACUAGUCGACCAUCUGAUGUAUGGGUACAUCCGGAGACGCGUGUCCCGUAUGAAACUGUGGCUAUGUCUGAUGGUCGGUUCUAACGCAACCAUGUUUUAACAUGGAUGAAUUAUCUGCUUAUCUUGUCACGAUUAACGACUUUUCUUCUUGUUUUCUUUCUUUUAAUCUCCUUUUUUUUCUUUAAUUUUGAUUCAUGCACUAGUUUGUCUUUGCCUGCUUGUUGGACUGAUAUACCCUUCUGUCUUCCAAUGUGGUAAGAUUCACCAAAUCUAC